CCGUUACAAAAUGAACUUUGUCAAUAAGGGUCAACAAUUAUCGGUCUCGAAAAUUCGAUGUAGAUGCUUCACUACCCGGCGAAGAAUUCAUUGAAAACAUGCUUCAUCUCGAAAUCCGCUUUAUAUAUACAAACUGUAUAAAGGUCAAAUUGGAUUUAAUCUUCGAAGGAAAGGAAACACGCGACAAUAACAAUGCUUUAAAUAGAAUCUACCUGAAAACAUAGAAUAGGAACGUUACCUGAAAACAUAAAGUAAGAAACUGAAUUUUACGAUCGACUCAUCGAUCUAAUCUAUCAUAAAGAUAAUCUAGGUUUAUCUUAUAUUGAUACCUUAUAUUGAUUAAAAUUCUACAAUAUCUGUUAUAUAAAUUACUUCUCAUUCAUUACGAUGUAAUAUUAAAUGAGACGAGCUGCGCGCGAUCAUUGAUAUUCUGUGCACGUGAACAUUUCUAUGGAUACAAAUGUUCACAACAAAGCGCGAUUCAUUGGUAUCGUUUCAUUGUUUAGCGAGUUUUCUAAACAGAUUUUCCGAUAUGAUCGAUCUCUCCUCCAUUCGAAAAUUACAAUUGCCACGGUGUUCAUUUAGAUUAAUUCGAAGAAAGAAUUCUUUCAGCUCAAGAAGACUCAUCGGCGUAUUAAUAACGACAUGACGAUCUAUCUAUUAUACGCUGCGCUACACUGCUACUGUACAUAGAAUGCGUAUGGGUAAACGUUUAGACAGACGUACUAAUAAUGCAUUUUGAUUGAAGAUAACGGUUUGUCGUGAACAUUAAAAAAAAAAAAAAAAAAAAAAAAAAAAAAAAAAAAAAAAAAAAAAAAAAGAAAGGAUUCUCGAACAUGCACGGUUUACGAGCUGGACAUAACAUUGGUGAUCUUGGUACCAGUCGAUGGUUGGAAGCGCUUUGGGAACCGGCAACCCGAUUAUACACUUUACCAAAUGCGCUCGAUAUGCUAGAUGUAAGCGGCGAUGGAGACGCUAGACUCGUCUGCGUCGAUCUGGGGACCCUCGGUGUCAAUUCGCCUAAAAUAAGAGUUUAUAAAGGAGGUGACCAGAUAACAGAACACAACAUGAUAGAUCCACCCUGUGGAGUGGUUGGAUUUUACACAGAAAAUGGAGAACCUCGAUCGUCCGUACUGGCAGUGGGUGUUGGUUCUAGCGUCUACAUCUUCAAAAACAUGAGACCGUAUUUUAAGUACUGUUUGCCACACAUUGACGUACACCCGAAGGAACGGGAGAUUUGGCAUAAGGCUGGAAUGGACGAGGAAUUGAACGUGUUAACACUGGCCGACGAACUGGAUUUAUUGUUAAAGGAACUCGGAGCGGGAUUUAUCUCACCGCGAACACUAAAAUUCCUAUCCAUGGAUCCGAAUUUGAGGUCUAGCUUCGCGGAACAAUACAGAAGAGUUCCACUGAUUAAAAGUAAUGCUUUGACCGCGAUUUCUGUGAUUCGAAGAGACUCGUGGAACGAUCCAGCGAGUAGUUGUCUCGUGCUGGGCACGGAAUUCGGAGAAGUACUUAUUUUGGAUCCUCGAACAUUUUCUGUUAUGGAUAAACAUUUGUUGGAAUGGCCGCCGGUCGCUUUCGCGUGUACAGGUUUAUGGACCGGCGAUGGGAGUGUAGUAAUUGUUGGAAGAGAUGGUAAGAUAGGCGCGAUAAGAAGAGGAAGACCCGUGAAACUUUGGGAAAAAUUAGCAUCGCCGGCUGUAGCCAUUUCAGCCCUUAAUAACGGAAGCGUCGCGGUUACCAUCAUGGAUAGCACUUUGAUCGGCUUCUCUAGGAAGGGAAUUAAAAUUUGGCAUGUUCGUGUUCCGGGUGCGAUUUUGGAUUCGGUGAGUUUACCAGUUCCGCAAAUUGGCCUUUCUUUGCUCGCUGUGAGUACCGCUGGUUAUGGCAUCCGCGUGUACGACGGGAAACAUCACGUGGACACGUUAAAAAUCAUGGAACCAGUUUCUGCGAUGAAGUACGGUAAAAUGGGUCAAGAAGAACGAACGAUGGCGAUGGUCACCGUGGGAGGUGGACUGUGUGUAAAAAUUCUAAAACGGACUGCGGACUUCAAUAUUCACAACGCGAUAUCCAAUUUACCGUCAACCGAUAGCACCAAAUUUUUAGUACCGAAGAAAACGCGAUUGUUCGUUGAGCAAACGAUACGAGAAAGGUCAGAAGCGAAGAAGAUUCAUUCUACUUUUCAGCAAGGUCUUCUUCGACUGAGAUUGAUGGUAGUCAAAAAAUUAGUCGAAUCUUUGAACGAUAGUCAAGUCGCGGGACCACAUCUGCUUACCAUGGAAGCUACCGUUUUGGGAUUGGGACCCAAUUAUCAGAUUCGUAUUUUAUUGACGAACAUAUCCGACCAAUUGUCCGAUACGGACCUGUACAUCGUUUGCAGAAGCGAAAACACGGAAGUGAAACCACGAGUGAUGGACGUACCUUUGUUACCAAACGCCAUUUCGAUUCCUAUGAUGAUCAAUGCGAUUUUGAAGAGUAACAUUUCCGGAAGGAUAGAGAUUUUGUUGUGUAAGAAAUCGAAGACGAAACCAGUAACUGUGACCACGGUAGUUUUACCUGCUGCCGAAGAAGAUAUCGAAGUUUAAUCUUCUAGAAAGUAGAAGUCUAUGAAAAGAUAUUUUUUAUGUGCUUUGUAUAAAAAUGUUCAUAUAUUACGUUGUAGUAUUAUAAUAUAUCGUUGUGUAAAUUUUGUAACUGUAUUAUAAAAAGCCAAGAAAAUGUUGCGCUAAGGAUAUUCCCUUCAUUUUCUUUCUAUCCUCUUGUUAUCGUAAUUAUAUUUUUGUCCAUCUCAUUUGUGUAUUUUAUAUGUUGUUAUUCCUCUCAUUACAUAUUUCAUCUGUGCUAAGAUGAAUACAAUGUUUCUUCGAAAUGUUUAAAAUAUCGUGGUGUUGGCGAGUCAUCGGUGCAUUACCUGUGCAAACAUAAUUAGUCGGACCGUAAUAAUCCUAAGGAACUGUCAUAAACCUCAGCUUUUCUAUUUUACAAUUAAGGCCGUUAAUUCAGUCAUCUGUUUGACUUAUAUCUAUACGUACCGUGCGUAACUAUCUUGUCUACAAGUUGUUGGAAUACAGUGCAUUGUAAUCUGUUAUUCUCGGUCUCUGAUAUGAUCAAUUCAACCACCUCUAUUAUCCUAAUCGAAAUAAGGGAUCGA